ACACUGAUGGAACUUCCUGCAUGUCACAUGAUAAGGUCCAGUCCCUUAUUGUCAAUUUUUUGUAAUGUUUUAAAGAUUUCUGAAUACACACUUUUAACAAUGCCAUAUUAAUCAGGUAAUGAUUAAUAAAGACGAUUCACACGAAUGAUGAAGGUAAAAUUCAUCAAUAUCAGUUAGCUUGUAUUGAUAUAUUCAAUUUUUGUAGAGUUUCUUUUAUUUCGGACAUUCUAUGUCCAACUUUUUAUUGAAAGGCUGGUCAAGUUCUAAUUUUCAACGUUUGUUUAUCCUUCUCAAUUUUCAAAUGCUAUACUAUAUGUUUCUACAGAGUUUUUAGGAAUUUUAGCCUUUGCUUUGUUUAUCGGAUUUUUCCUUGAAUUUUUGAAAUGGUUUCGAAUAGUUGUAGACAACUUUUUCUCAAAGAGGUUAAUAUAUUUUGCUUGUAACUGUCGGCAAACUAUUUGCUCUAUUUUCUACUUUGUUACUUAUAUUAUUAACAAUAGGAUAAAACAACUAAACACAAGCCCUGAGGAUUCACCCUUAUUAAUCGCAUCUACGAGGCGUAAACAGCAGUUAUCUAUCUAUACGUUGGCUUUUUACGUAGCAAUUUUUAAAUAGUAAUUAAUAGUUUUAUUGUUACGCAGGAAGUUCAAACAUUUUAUACAGACAAUAUUAAGCUUUAUAGAUCAUUGGUCUGGUCUGGUAGCCAUGCUGGUAGUAAUGACAUAUAAUACAUGGAUAUUUUUCUGUGUUCUAAUAGGUACAAGUGUCGGUUAUUUUAUCUUCGGUUCAACAGUCGAAAAUCGUUUAAUCCGGAGUCAAUUUGCUUUACAAAAGGCUUCAGAAGAAAGUCAAAAAAAAAAUGAUGAAACAGAUAGAAUGAUGCCUGAAAUAAAUGAUCCACAGGGAAAUGAAACAACUAAUUAUGAAUCAACAGUUCAUACCAUUGAAGCUCAAGUUCACCAAAAUGUAGAAAAUAUUGAUUAA